AGCAAAGCAACUGAAAAUAUCGUCGUUAUUUAUCACUCUACAAUCAGGAAGAGAGAGAGAGAGAGAGAAGGAGGAGCUAUGGUCUCUGCCACUUAUCUCUCCAUACCAUCAUCUUCAACAUCUGAUUCGCCUUAUUUUUACAAUUUUAGGCGCAAAAUCCCUAAAUUUUCAUCCAAUCAUGUGUUUAGAUGUUGCCCUAUGUCCAUAAAGCAAUCUUUACCCAUCGAAGAAGACAAUGGAUCCCCGGACCGAUUCCUACAGAAUAAUUCCAUUGCAGAUUACAUGAGGUUCAAGAAAGGGGAUUCCGGCGAAUUGCAAACCGCCGUUGUUAGUUACCGGAAAAAGUUCCCUUGGUCUCUUCUCCAACCCUUUCUUCAGGUCGACUUGGUUUCGACUAUCCACAUUGCAGACAAAGAGUACUUUGCAACCCUGCAAAAGGAACUCGAGUCCUACGAUUGCGUGCUUUAUGAAAUGGUGGCUAGCAGGGAAAGUUUAGAAAACCGAAGAUACCCUUUAGCAGUUAGAAAACUAGCAAAAUCACAGGCCCGGGGUUUUAAUAUCAUUGGGUUUAUUCAACGCCAGAUGGCUAGAGUUCUCAUGCUUGAUUUCCAAUUAGACUGUCUUGAUUACGAGCCUGAUAAUUGGUACCAUGCUGAUCUCGACUUUGAAACCUUCAAGUUACUUCAGCUUGAGAAAGGAGAGAGUUUUUUUACGUUUGCCAGAGAUAUGACUUUGAGAUCUACGAAAGCCUUGGUACAAGCCACUUCAAUCCCUGAAGAACUUGGUCCAUGGAGAUCUAAACUAUUAUGGGCCUCCCGUGUGCUACCCAUGCCUCUUGUUGGUCUUUUUUUCAUCAGCAGCCUUUGUGCCGAUGUGGGUAAUGAGUCAGCUGAUUAUCCAGAAAUAGAGGCCUUAUCGAGGCUUGAUUUUGGUGCUGCAAUGAAGGUCUUUUUGGCAAAAAGACUAACAUCUGAUUUCACACAAGUAACAACGGAUGUAGAGGAGAAAUCAGUAAUCAUAGGUGAGCGAAACAGGGCUGCAACAGAAGCUCUGGAAAGAGCAAUCAACAAGGGGCAUAACAAGAUUGCCAUACUGUAUGGUGGUGGGCACAUGCCGGACUUGGGAAGGAGGUUAAAAGAUGAAUUUGACCUUGCCCCUUCUCGGGUUCAAUGGGUAACCGCUUGGUCAAUCAAGAACCGAAAUCUAGCCAGCAAUUCUCUACCUUUCUUAAAGAAGCUGGCAGAAGUUUCAGGCUGGCCAUUGAAUAGGUAUCAAACUCUGGCAUUACUCAUAUUUUCAUCCGUUCUUGCAUUGGAUCUGUGGUUCUGGGAACUCUUUUUUGGGACUACAGUCGAAUUUAUUACACAAGCUGUAGCUGAUGCUCUCCAGUUUAUUGAUAAGGCUAAUUUAUAAGUUAAUGGAAUACCAUACAGAUCCUGUACAAUGUGAAUAAUUUAAAGGGGUGAUCAAUUUAGAUGAUAGAAAAUUGUGUUCAUAUUUGUACACUUCAAUAUAAUUACAAGGAUUUUCAUUUUCUCAUUUUAUGUUAUAAUUGUAAUGUUUUAUAUUUAUUCAGAAAAGCUUAAGGAC